AUGCAAGGACUAAAUCGAUAUAUCCCACCGGAUUAUGAUCCCAGGAAAACAUCGACAUUAAACAAACAUCAAGGCAAGAAACAUGCUUUGGGAGUUAGAGCUAAAGAUAUCGAUAAAGGUAUAUUGGUAGUCAGAUUCGAACUACCAUUCAAUAUAUGGUGCGGAACAUGUAAUGCCCAUAUUGGAGCUGGAGUUCGAUACAAUGCGAGAAAACAGAAAGUAGGAAAUUACUUUUCCACGCCGAUAUUUGGGUUCAGAUGUAAAUGUCAUUUGUGUGAUGGUUGGUUUGAAAUCAGGACGGACCCAAAGAACGCCGCCUAUGUCGUACAUGAAGGAGCAAGGAAGAAGGAUGAAGAUUGGGAUCCGGUCGAAAAUGGAGGUUUUGCAGUUCAUGAUACCGAAGCACCUUCUGCAUCAGAACCACCAGCAGAUCCCUUUGCAGGUGUAGAGAAAACCAUCGAUCAGCAAAAAUGGGCAAAGAGGGGUACAUCAAGAUUAACCGAAUUAACAAAAUCAUCGGAUCGUAUCAACUCUGAUCCGUAUCUCGUAUCUUCAGCAUUACGUAGGAAGUUUAGAGAAGAGAAGAAAAUAUUGUUGGAGAAACAGGUGAAAGAUGAAGGUAUCAAAGAGAAAUAUGGUUUGAAUGAUGAUAUGAUACAUUUACAGGAUCAAGACCAGGAUGAAGAUAAGGAAAAAGAGAAAAGAAUAUGGGAGAUCAUCAAAGAGAAUAGAGGAGAAUCCAGUCAAACCAGCUCACCUUCAGCCAUACCUACAUCAAGAGGACAAGGCAAAGCUAGAUCAUCGGAUAGUCCAAGUUUGGUGGAUAUGUUAAGAAGAAAUACGGGCAAGAAAUAUGAUCCAUUCUCUAACGCAUCUUUCUCAGGCUCUUCGACGAGCAGUACACCUGUCAAGUUGAAUUCACCACGUAUUUUUGAUAGUAUGAAAGGAAAAGGGAAGAUAAAAGGGAAUAUGUUAGAUAAUAUAUCACCCAAACUGAAAGAUAAAGAAGGUCAGACCACUUCAAAUGAGGACAGAUCUGGAUUAGGAGGAGGCCUGUUAGCUGGAUAUGGAAGUGAUUAA